AUGACCGAUGUGAAGGAGCGAGUUUUGCAGCAGUUGCAGGAGGAAUGGAGCCUGUGCCUGCGCAUGGAGCAAGCUAGCUCCACUAGCACCUUGCUCGGCGGAUACUGUCCGCACACUGCCUGGCAGUGCUAUCGGGAGAUCCUUUCGGUGCUUGAGCAGCAUGCCUUCAAGGUCACACCGACCGUUCGUGACCUUUUGACUUCUUGGUUUCCGCCUGUCAGCUCCUCCAGCAACGUAGAGGACGUUUUUGCAUCGAUGCAAGAUGCCGUCAAAAGGUCUACCAAAAGAGAUGCUGGAUCACUUUCGAACCUGCAGGCUGUAGCCAUCAAAGCAACUGCAAGCAAGUGCUCCACGCCAGAGAAGCCAGACGUGCCUGCAGGUGUGGACUUGUUGUGUGAGGACUACGAGGGCUGCGAGGUGAGAGGCCUCAGACCAAGCAUUUGGAAGCCUGAGUCCGCGGCUAAUCCGCCCCAGGCUGGCCUGGACCACAACUCAAGACAUGCUCAUGCUAGCGGAGGGCGGCUGACCUCCGCCGGCGGAUUAUCCGCCCGUGUUGCGAAAAGCAGCAUCCUGGUGGAUGAGAUCUUGAAGGCGAUCAAGCUCUUGGAAGCCUCUGUGAAGUUUGCUGGGCCGCUGCCCGAUGGAAUCGUUGAUGAGAUUCGGGUGCCAAACCAAGACGCCCCCCUGAAGUUCCGAGAUCCGCUGGAAGAGGGUGAGUUUGUCCCGGCAUUGGUGUGGGAUGACACACAGACAGCCGUGCACACGCUCCUGCUGAACGUGGCAGAGGGGCUGCUGGAAACGGAGGAGGAUCCGGCAGUCGCCGCCGCCAGAAGUAUGCUGGCUGCUGAGGAGAAAGAGGACGAGGCGGACGCACGAGUGAGCAUUGAUGCUGAAGAAUGGAAGGUUCAGCAAGGUGUGGCUGAGAAAGACGAAAAGGAUGAGAAGGACUCGAAGGAUGAAAAGCCAGAGACAGGAAUGGAGGAAACACAACAGCAAGGGAGCAAUGAAGAAAAGGAACGGCAAAAGGCCAAGAGCCGCCGACUUCUCAGCACGUCGGCAACAGUCCCAGACUGGUUGAAGGAACUUUUCCCCCUUCCCACCAACGAAGUCAUUCUCAGCCACGUUCAACACCGCUCCUCCACGCUUCCUCAUUUUCAAAUACGCUUGGUCACUCCCUGGCUGACGCACACGGAUGCCGUUGUGGCAGGGGCAGCCUGGCGCUGCCUGCGCUGCCUUCUCUUCACCAGGAGUGAAGACUCCGACGACGAGAUCUCCAGCUCGAUCACGAUGGCCGAAGAUGCUCAAGCAAAGGAGCAGAGUACUGGGAUGUUCGCCCUCGUGGCGACUGUGAAGAUUACGGGCGUGCUGAUCUCUAUGUACUUCUUCCUCUUUGGUCUUGACCUGAUGGGUGGUUCAUUCAGUGCACUUGGCAGCAAAGGCGCGGGCAACUUGUUCACCUUUGCCGACAAUCCCAUCGCAGGUCUGAUGGUGGGCAUCUUGGCCACGGUUCUCGUGCAGUCCUCCUCUACCAGUACUAGCAUCGUGGUGGGUUUGGUGGGCGCUGAUGUCCUGUCAGUCCGCAAUGCCAUCCCCGUCAUCAUGGGCGCCAAUAUUGGCACAUCUGUCACGAACACCAUUGUUUCAAUGGCGCACUCAGGAGAUCGCAUGGAAUUGGAGAGGGCUUUCUCUGGAGCGACAGUUCACGACAUGUUCAAUAUGUUGACAGUGCUGACGGUGCUGCCCAUCGAAAUCAUCCUCGCUGCCAUCACAGGAGAAGGCGGCUUGCUCUACUUCAUCUCCAAGGGUCUCAAAGAGGACGCCAUGGGAGGUGGAGAGUCCGACUUGACAUUCCCCUCUCCUACCAAAGAGAUUGUGAGCCCCUUCACCAAGCUGUUCUUGAACAAGGAUAAGAACACCAUCAAAGCCUUGUCUUUCGGUGCCCCAGAGGCUUUGAACUGCGGGACAGACUGCACAAAGUACUGUGUGAGUUCAGAUAUGAGCAAAGCCUGGAAGAAUGUCGCAGAAGAGUCCUAUGAGACCUUCUUGACUGCUUGCACUGGCGGCGUUUCUUGUGACUCCGGCACCUGCUACACCAAUGCAGGUGCAUAUUUCACAGAAAACAUUGAGACAGGAAGAACUAUCAAAGGUGGCUUCCUAAAGGAUGCUGGUGAUGUAGCCGGGGGGAUUCUUGGACUCAUACUUGCACUGCUUGUCCUGUGUGGAGCUCUCUUUGUCAUGGUGAAGCUUUUGCACAGCCUCAUCAUGGGCCAGGCCAAGAAGGUGAUCAUGAAGGGAAGCAAGAUGAACGACUACCUGGCCAUGUUGUUGGGCUUGGCAAUCACGAUUGUGGUGCAGUCGAGCUCUGUGACCACGUCGGCUCUCACCCCAUUGGUUGGAAUCGGGGUUUUGCCAGUUCACAAGAUGCUGCCAAUGACUCUUGGAGCAAAUAUCGGUACCACGUUUACAAGUAUGUUUGCGGCUUUGGCAGUUAUGAAGGCAAGCAGCCUCCAAAUUGCUUUCUGCCACUUGCUGUUCAACAUCCUUGGCAUCUUGAUCUGGUUCCCAGUGCCACUGAUGCGCAGGGUGGUCGUUAAAGCUGCGUGCACUCUUGGUUUCUAUGCGUCUUACUGGCGCCUGGUGCCCGUGAUCUACGUCCUGGUGAUGUUCGUGAUUGUACCAGGCCUUUGCUUGACGAUCUCCUUGCUCUAUGAUGCCAGUGUUGCCGGUGGUGUCGUGGUGACCCUCUUGGCCCUGGGUGCCGUCGGAGGAUUUGUCUUCUGGUGGGUCCGUCUGGGUGGGUGUUACAAGGCUCGUCGUGCGGAGAUGGAGGAGGAGAUGUCGAAAGCGGGGGAGGUAGAGGUUCCAGCUGUUUGGACUCUGGGCUUGGACUACGGACAUAUCCCAGAACUCACCGGAAUGCCAGUUGCGGAAGCUCUGGAGCUGAUCCGCUGCUUCCUGGAGGCCUCCCCAGAGGCAGAGGCCCCCGAAGCCGCCAGGCAGGUUCUGGACUCCGGGAUUGUGGAGCUGAAUGGGGUUGUGGCCAACUGCCUGGCUUCCGGGCAGAUGCAUUUAGGCCUCCGGCGGACGGCGCUGCGACUCCUGCAGGCUUUGCUGUCUGCCGACUUCACGCUGGUGGCGCCGAAGCUCUUCAAGGUUGGCUUUUGGAGCUUGGCAGUGACAGCUGCCUCGCCGGUGCACGAAAGUUUCGUCUUGCAGACGGAGACUGACUACGGGCGCCUUUUGGAUGGUGUGUCAUUGGCCGCCGAGGUCAUGAUCCUGGUACGGCAAGGCUCCCUCUCGGAUCCCCAGCUUCUGCUGUGGCUGUCCGCCGCCACGCCCUUGCUCGAAAGCUGGCGUCGGGCGUUGGCAGAUCUCGGGCUCUUGCUGGCUUGCCGCAGCAGUGCAAGCUCAACGCAUCUGCGACAGCGAGCCUUAGGUCUUGCGCACUCGCAUCUUGCUUGCCUUUGCCACAUGCUGGGCCACGUGGAGCAGGCUCCAUCUGGCGAUGGAAGGGCCUUGAACGAUGGGUGGACUCCACUCUACGAGGCGCUGGCCACACGCGAGGUGGCCUCACUCCUGCUGGAAUCGCUCAAGGCCGAGCUGCCCAUCGCCACCACGGCCCUGGGCAUGUGGGCACUUCUGCGCAGUAAUGGCCUGGUGGGUCAGGAUGCGGGGGCCGUGGCAGCCGCGGAUGCCGAGCUUGGCAGGGUGGCGGCUGAACGUGUGGUGGCUGUUCUGGAGACUCUGGGCACAGGCCGCCCCGUGGCCCCUGGCACCUCGGUGGCACAGUGCCUCUGCCUGGCAAACCUCGCCGGCGCCUCUCCGGAGGCUGCCGCCUCGGCGGCAGUUGCCGGAGCCCCCGCGCUGGCGGCGCAGGCGGCGCGCCUGGCGGCACUUGGCAGGCAUCAGCAGCAGGUGGUUUGGAUCCUCCGAGCUUUCUUUGCCAUCCUCGGCUCCUCCAAGGAAGCCCUGGAAGGCGCCCUCGAGUUGUCCAGCACGACCCUGUUGGCCACCAUGAUACUGGGUGUUCGAGCGGCUGCCGAUCGAGACGAGGUCAUCUGUUUGGAGCUCCUGGAGCAGCUUCUGCAGCUUUUGGCGCGCACGGCGCCCGAGCCUGUGGCGGCCGAGCUCCUUCGCGCGGAGCUACUGCCCUGGCUCAUGCGCUUGAGCCUGAAGCGCUCCUGCAGCUGUGCGGCCUUCUGCCGUGUCAUGGACAUCCUGGCUUUUUCCAGCAGCGUUCUAGCCGGGAAGCCUCUUCUGCUCCGCUUCCUGGGCCAGCUCCUGGAAGUGGUCCGGGGCCAGUGCAAGAUCCCGGCUUCGGACCUUUGGCGAAACCGACGCCUCACA